CAUACUAAACGGCGAGAAAAGAACAAUACCCUACCAAUGGAAAGGCCAAUCGCGAGCCUCGACGUAAGAGGGGAGGCCUUUGUUUUGAGAGAAAAGACCAAACGUAAUAAGCUAAAUUAAUGUGCUAUUUUGUCAACAGACUUAACUGUUAUCCUAGCGAGGCACGUGGGUGAUGAUUACCUUUGGCGUAUAAAUAGCCAGCGAAGUACUUUGCUUUGGUCAGACCAUCAACAAGUCAGAGUAGCUACACCUUCCGCACGAUGCAUCAUCAUCAAAAAAUACCAGCGACUGAUUCCAUGAAAGAUGAUAAAAGGAAAGAGAAGUUAUCUCGAUCGUUUUACGUCGACUCUCUGAUUUUAACAAAACCGUCGCCGGUGAUAACUUCAUCUCGGUCUCCAUUAGGUUUUACCCCAUCCGAGCCUAGGACUGUUCACUGUUUCCAAACACACACUGAUCUAAUGGGCAGUUGCCCGCUCUGUGUGAGAAAUUCUACGACUUGUGGUCGUGUUUCUCUUCCUACUGCGACGGAUACAGCGUUUAAAUCAACGGUAACAGCUCCGAUAGUUUCGCAUCCGUAUCACCACCAACUCAGCCCGUUUCUGGAUCGAUGCGGGGCACAUCAUAUUCACCCUAGUAUUUUGCACUCUACCUCGCACCAUUUCACACCCAGAUCGUCUGGACCAGCUACUCAAUUGCCAUGUUCUCCCCAGGUGGAUCCUCGUGCUAUUCAUUAUGUUCCGACAAAGCGGCACGCGGAGGCAGACGAUGAUAAUUCAAGUAGUAAGCGAAUAAGGACGGCGUUCACCAGUACACAAUUGAUCGAGCUCGAGCGCGAAUUCUCAGCGAAUAUGUACCUUUCAAGACUACGUAGAAUCGAGAUUGCAACCUACCUGAACCUGUCCGAGAAACAAGUCAAGAUAUGGUUCCAAAAUCGCAGAGUAAAACAGAAGAAAGAGGGUAGCGAAGAAUCACACGACUGCCGUUGUCAUAGACUCGCGUCUCGUACCAAUAGGCAUCCGUCUGCUACCUCUGCGCAUGUGCAUACCCACGAGUCUGAUAGUAGUGAAGGUACGACUGGAGACAUUUCCGAAACAACGUAAAACGUUUUGCAGUUGAUAUUUCAAAAGUAAUGCUGCAGUUAUUAAAAUUAUUUAAUUUUUGAAAGACAAUUUGGGGGCAAUUUCUUCUUUUUUUUUUAAUCUAAAAAUGAAUUCCGGGUUUAAUGGCCGAUUUCCACCUCACCGAAACAAAACAGCUGUACAUUUCUUAAUUAUCUUAUAAUAUCUUGUGUUAUAUAUAUCAGAAAUAAAUCACUUUUUUGUUCAUUUGUUAAUAUACUUGUCGACUUCGAUCCAGUUGGGGAUCAUUUCUCUUAUUUAUUGAUUCAGAAACAAAAGUGCAGUUUCAUUGCAUUCCAUUGAUAUUUAUUAUGCAAAAUAUCCAAUUUGUAUCUACUUUUUACACUCCAUAAUUUAUUUUAAAAAAAAAAAUGUUAAGAUUUACAUGUAAGAUUUGUACUAUAGAUUAAAAUCUUUCUCAAUAAAAUAAAGUCAUGUACUUUGAAAUUGGACAAACGUGUACUUUGUAG